UAUAGUUAUUCGUAAAAACAGAAACAAAAUGAAUAAUAAAAAAUAAUUCAGUGCAUCAUACUCACAAAGUGAUGUAUUUAUAGGUAAUCAAGACUAUUUUCAGUCAAUAAUCGUUGAUAAUUGGGGACGGAUAAUCAAGCCAGAAAUUUCAACAGCUAUAAUGGAUGCUAAAAAAGAAAUAGCCAAUGAAAAGAAGGCACUAAAAGCUACAGAAAAGCAAGGUUUAAACAAAUUGAAUAGCAAAGUGCUACAGGUUCGUGGCAUCAAUGAAGCUAUUGAAAAACCAGUAACCAACAUUCAAGAUAAGAAGUCAGUGGAGAUAAUGGAAGAACAUCCUGAAACAAGCAAGUCAGCAACACAAUCUAAUUGUGAGAAAUGCAAAAAAUGUGUUUGCCGAGAUUUAAAUAUCCAAAUAUCUCCUGAUUUUGUGAGACUUUUGAAAACCUACACGGAUUUAUUGACGUUAAUGAUGUCCAAGAAAUAUCCGGAAGGGGGUGCCAUAGCUAAAUACUCAGGUCGAAUUAUAUCCUGGUACUAAUGUUAUGAUAUCCAGCAAUGAUUUAAUCACCGUGGUCUCAAACGCUUACAAAACAAGCGUACAUUUAUACGAAAUUUAUUUGCAAAAAUUGUAAAAACUGAAGACAUAGUAAAAUAUGGAACAGGACAAAAAUUGACCGCUGGCUAUAUCACGAAGCGAUAUAAAACCGAAAUCACUUCAUCAGGGUUCAACGAUAUCGUCAUUCGUAAAAUGCGAGACAUAAUAAUCGUUUGGAACAAAAAAAACAACAUCAUUACCGAGAAGAAGACAAGCGCGAAGAAUAAAAGAUCUCAUGAUGAUGAUUUAUCUGGUUCGAAAACUAAAAAAUUUGGGAAGUUGAAAAUCCUCAGCCAUCUACUUCUAUUAACAUCGUUAAUAUUGAUCAGCCUCAACCAUCAACUUCAACUACUGGUGGUGUCUCUUAUGAAACUGUGG